AUGUCGCACCACCAAAACGAAGCACCAAUCGACAAACGAGUCUUACAACACCACCAAUCCGAAAUCCCCACCAACCAACACGCCACCCUACACCACCACCCCCUCAUCGAAGUAAAUCACGCAAAGUUUAUCCGAGUACUCGUGUGGCGCUGCUCCCACUCAGACUGCGCCCACGACAACCUAUCGCUGAUGAAAGAUAAAGACUGCAACUGUGGAUGGUAUGAGGCGCUGGUUGGGGGAGAACUCGAUGGAUCUGGCAUCGAAUGCAUGUGUGAAUGCGAUGGGUUGGUGACGAUUUGGAAAGAGGAUUUGUGCGUCUUGUGUUGGAGGCCGGCGGGGUUGAGGUGUCUUGUUGUUGAUAUUAAGCUUUUUGGGGAGGUUAGGAUUAUUGAGAGGGAGAGGGGGGAUGAGUCAGACGAGGAUAAGGAUCAGGAGGAGGAGAGGGAAGAGAAGGAGAGAAAAGAUGAGCAGAAGAGAAAGGAGGAUGUGGACGAGAGUGAGGAAAAGCAGAGGAAGAAGCGCAAGGGAGAUAGGGAGCUAGAAGGGCCUAUAACCAAGAUUCCGCGUAUGGAAGAAGACGAAGGCAUAGCACAUUCCAGGCAAAGUAACGAGGACAUUGACUUGUGGAUAUGGAAUCAGGACUACCAGAUAUGGUACAGGGCUAGGUCAAGGGCAUGA